AUGGAGUACUACACGGAUGGGAAGUGGAAACUGUCACAGGAUGACCCAAACAGCCCUUCCUCGUCUUCCAAGCCGGCGGCAUUAACGAUGAUGAGGAGCAUGUCGCAGAGGGGCGCCGGCGCCGGCGCCUCCGCCAAUCACCCUCCUCUUCCAAGAAGUUAUUCGCACAGGAACCCGGCGGAGGCGGCCGCCUCCGCCUCCAAGUCCGGUACUAACUUCGGCCGCAAGUGCAAGAACUUGGCCAAGGAACAGAAGGCCAAAUUCUACAUUGUCAAGCGCUGCAUUGCCAUGCUUGUCCGCCGGAAUAAACACCGCCACGACGACGACGACGACGAUUCUUGA